AGCAGAAGCAAAGUGUCAAAAAAUUCUAAUCAAAGCAAAAUUCGAUUCAUGCAGUUAAGCACAGUCUUGCGCCAUGUGAAUGUGAGAGUUAAGUAAUCAUUUUACGAUCAGCAAUUUUCAAUUGCUGGAAAGCAACGAAUCACCAAAACUUUUACGCCUCGAUACGGGCUUAAUCGUGCAGCUGCCACAACGACACCAAAGAACGUCAAACGGGAACGUAAAAUGACAAACCGUGCAUUCUAAUUCCGCGAAUCUAGGUGACGAUCAGGAUUAUGUUACGAACCUUCAGUGGCUGCUGCUGGAGAUGGCAGGGAAUUCAAAACUUGCAUCCGCAUAAAGUAUGUUUAGCACGACGCUGGACAGUUUACAAUGGUAAACCGGCGGCGUUUUUCACCAGCGAAGAAAGCCGGCAUAAAUGUAAAAAAUUACCGACUGUUUUUGCCAACGCAGAAGCCGGUGUUGGGGGGCUUCCAGAAGUACGGAGGACGAUCUCGGAGAAACAAAGUGAUGUUAUUGUGCGAGAAUUUAGUAGUCAAAUUAGGAAUAAGGAAAACGAACCAACCAAAGGUUUGCUGCAGACUGUGAUGGCCAGCCCGUAUGUGAGACUUAUGAGAAUAGACAGGCCGAUAGGGUCCUGGUUGCUGUUUUGGCCAUGUGGAUGGAGUAUAGCACUCAGUGCACCAGCAGGUUGUUGGCCAGAUUUGCUAACGCUAGCUUUGUUUGGAGCAGGAGCGUUUAUCAUGCGCGGGGCCGGCUGUACGAUAAACGAUAUGUGGGACAGGGACAUCGAUGCUAAGGUAGCUCGAACAAAAGGCAGGCCUUUGGUUGCGGGUGAAUUAAGUCAAUCGGAUGCAUGGGUGUUUUUAUCAGCUCAACUGGGAUUUGGCCUGCUAAUUUUACUGCAGCUAAACUGGUAUUCGGUGGUACUCGGCGCAAGUUCACUGGGUCUAGUCAUCGUGUAUCCUUUGAUGAAACGGGUAACCUAUUGGCCGCAGCUAAUGCUGGGAAUGACCUUCAACUGGGGUGCCUUACUGGGUUGGAGCGCUACCCAAGGAUCGGUGCUUUGGUCCGCCUGCUUGCCUCUGUAUGCUGCCGGUGUGUGCUGGACCAUUGUCUACGAUACUAUCUACGCUCAUCAGGAUAAGGUGGAUGAUAUUCUGUUGGGCAUCAAAUCGACCGCCAUACGUUUCGGCGAUAGUACAAAGCUUUGGCUGAGCGGAUUUUCAACCGCUAUGAUUGGUGGACUAAUCACAGCUGGAAUGGUUUGCGAGCAAACUUGGCCGUAUUAUUCAUCGCUAGGAGUGAUUUCUGCGCAUUUGGCGCAUCAGAUCUACUCUCUAAACAUUCACAAUCCGAAGGAUUGUGCGAACAAGUUCAUCUCCAACCAUCAAGUUGGGUUAAUUUUGUUUCUUGGAAUCGUACUGGGCACUCUGUAUAAAGGACACAAAUUGAGCAGCAGUUUAGCACCGGAACAUGCCAGUAGCGCUAUUACCUCGAUGCCGUCGGCGCUGCUCAUGAGUGCUUCGGCCAGCAGUCAAAGUGUAGGUCCUAGCCAAGCGAGCACUCCAGCUGGACGGAAUGCGGUUCUUCGAAACUAAUAAUCGUGACAAACAUACUUUUUGGCUAUUGCUUCAUCCUUGUUAUGAUAAUGGGAAGAGGCUGGUGUAAUAAUUACGAAAUAAAUUUUGUAAACUUUUGAUCAAAAAUUCAACUAAA